CCAUCGACACCAACAACCUCAGCCGGCUUCAUCAGUAUGUCUAACCCCGAGCCCAAGGGCAGAAGACUGCAUGAUCUGUCGCCCGAAAUCUUCCAACAGAUUCUCACAGACCUGGAUCCGGAGUCUAUCAAGGCCCUCCGCCUGACCACGCGCACGCUCGCCGAGAAGUGCCUAGGGCCCCGAGACCAGCUCAUCCAACCCGUGCUCGAUUUUUCGCCGCAGAAUCUGCGCGCUCUAUAUGCCUUGGCAUGUGACCCCGUCCUCAGUCCGAAGGUGCAUUCCCUGACCUUCCUGGCAACCUCCCUGGAAUUUCGGGAGUUGGAGAAGAGCAUCGAAGUCGGCUACUACGAGGAAGUAGUAGUGAAUGGCCCCAUAUGGUCAAGGGAAGAAGUUGACUAUACUCCCGAGGAACUGGACAAGGCUCAAGCGGAGCUGCGCUGGCUCAAGGAGCAGCAGGAAGCGAGGGCCGCGGAAUCGCCGAGUGAGAUGGUUGAGCUCCUGCAGCGGGCACUCCAGGGCUUCGGCGCGUUGCAGUCGAUCCGCCUAGAUGGCGGGAUCGUCCGCGGACGGGGACGCACCAAGAGAGAGCCCCCGGGCUACAAGCAAUGGAAGCCGCUCUGGGAGAGAGCCUCACAGGUGCUUUCCUGGGUGCUGACUGCAAUGGUGCAGACUGGAGUCUCGGUGAGGGAUCUUGAUGUGUAUUACAACACCGACCGGUGCUGUAUCCCGGUUGAUGAGAUUGCUGCUCUAGCGGCGGGGCUUGACCAAUCACAGCGGGAGUUAUUCGGAAAUAACCUGCAGUCGUUUCAGCUGAGCUUGUCGGGGGCGUUAAAGGAUGCUCAUGUCGAGAAAGCGGAGGAGGGAAAAGAAGAGGUGGGGGAGAAGGACGAACCACUUGAGAUUCAAUUCCUCUUUCAAUCGGCCUCGGCUCUUCGAGAGUUGGAUCUCAGAUUUCGGCGUACCGGCCGGUUAGAGACUCUCCACUGCUACAACUACAUAAUCGACAACAUCUCCAAGAAAACCCAGUUCCCUAUGCUAGAGAAAUGUGUAUUUGCUGGUCUUGCUGUUAAAGAAGAGUCACUGCUGCUUUUUCUUCGAAAACAUCCCAACCUCCGCUCUCUAUCAUUACACGAGUGUCAUCUGAGCUCGGGGUCCUGGACCCCGAUCUUUACUCAUCUACAGUCGAUGUCCAGGCUCGAAACUCUCAGCCUCUCGAAUUUGUUUGGUAAGCACAUGCAGAACCGGAAGUAUGAACAACAAAGGUAUGGUUCGUCGUCUUCUUCUUCAGGUUCCUCGACCUCCGAAUUAGAGAUAGAGGAAGAUGACGAGCAGGAGGUCGAUGGGAUGGUGGUUCUGCUGCCAAUCUGGAAUGUCCCUUCCGAAGACCGUUGGGCCGGCUGGCUUACCGAGUACCCCCAUUCUAAUGGGAGAGCAGUGCACACUAGGGACUUCACUCGCGAGGAACUGGCCAAGGGAUUGGUAUUUCGGCCGCUAGCCAAGGGGCCAGGACGGGCAAUCGGAUCUGCCCAGGGCAUGAAUUGGAGGAAUUCUCGACAAGAGCUUUACGCGCCUCUUAUCGACGAGAAGCGUCAGCUUCCGGUCAAUUCGGUGAUUCUCACCUGCGUGUUCAGUGCUCUCUUGGCUUUGAUCAACGUCGGUUCGGAGACGGCUUUCAAUGCCGUGGUGUCUCUUAACGUAGCCGCAUUGAUGUUCUCCUAUGCUAUCUCCAUGAGCUGUCUGAUCUGGCGCAAGCUCUAUCACCCGGAGGCCUUGCCGCCUGCCCGCUGGGGGCUCGGUCGCUACGGUUUGGCUGUGAAUAUCACCGGUUUGGUAUAUGUGCUUCCCGCGCUGUUCUGGUUCUUCUGGCUGAGUGAGCUUCCCAUCGCAGCUGACACUUUCAACUGGAGUGUGGUAAUCUUCGUGGCUGUUUUUGUUCCAAGUCUGGUCAUGUAUGUUGUCAAGGGGAGACGCGAGUAUGAGGGGCCUGUAACACUGGUUAAAGAAUGCGGCCAUGAUCGGUAA